AUGUCUGCUCGAAUGAUGAAGAAAGUUCUGAAAGAACAGGAAGCUGCUCUGCAACAGCAGCAGCAGCAGCAGCCCGUCAGUGAAGAUGAUUCUGAAUCAUCCGUUUCUCCACCGCCUGCUCGGAAUUAUUUUGAUCUUCUCGAGGAUGAGGAUGACAAUAGCAUCAGUGAGCACAACCACGAGCAUUUGGACCAGCCGGAAAAAGAAGAGACUGCAUUUGGGACUUCAGAUCGUGCUAUUUCCAGCAAGCCUUCCACCAUGGAAAAAGGUUCUAACAGGGCUCAGGUGCCGAAUGCCAAAUCAAAGAAGAAUAAGAAGAAGAAGAAAAAAAAUGGAGAAGACCGUUCUCAUAUCCCGUCUGAUUUUACGCUAGAAACCUUAUCCUUGGAAGCUAGUUCUUCUGGUUAUCCUCCUAAUAGUGCUAAUAAGCUGAAGAAGUCAAGCACAGAUAACGACAAAGUGCUGAAGAAGCAGAACAACAGCUCCGUGUUACAAGUUGACCCCAAGUUCCUCAGUGCAGAAAACGAGCUACGGCGGAUAUUCGGUAAUUCAGUCGUAAAAACACAUGAAAGAAGUAAUGUGUCUGCGAACUCAAGGCAAGUACGUGGUGGUCGACAUAUUCUCAAAAGAACUAUCCUUGUUUCUCCAUCUCAGCACUGGCCACGUUGGGAUGGAUCUUUAAGCAUGGAACUUCUGGAGACUAAAGACGGUGUCCACUAUUUCAAAUACGUACAGUCAUCAUCAUACGCCCAAGCCCAACGAGUUUUCGAAGCUGCCAGGGCAUCUCACGAUCUCAACGCCAUCGGAAGCAUUCUGUUGAAUCACCCAUACCACACAGAAUCCCUGUUGACACUCGCCGAUUACUUCAAAUUCAUUGGCGAACACCAAAUGUCAGCCGAUUCCAUCGGGAAAUGUCUGUACGCCUUAGAAUGCGCGUGGCACCCACUCUUCACCCCAUCCAAGAACUGCCAGUUAAAGUACUCCCACGAGACGAACAAGCCGCUCUUCACGUCUCUUAUCACCCACAUGAAAAACAUGGACAGGCGUGGCUGCCACAGGUCCGCCCUUGAGAUUUGCAAGCUCUUGCUUUCUCUCGACUCGGAUGAUCCUGUGGGGGCCAUGCUUUGUAUUGACUACUACUCGUUGAGGGCCGAGGAAUACGCUUGGCUCGAACUGUUUGCAGAUGAAUAUAAUUCCGAUAACUCCCUGUGGCUAUUUCCUAAUUUUUCGUUUUCUCUCGCGGCUUGCCGGUUUUAUCUCGAACGAGAUGAGAAGCAGUCAGACUCGGACCCCAACAAGAAGGGUGUUAUGGGAAAGGCCAAUUCGUACGAGCUAAUGAAGCAGGCUUUAAUGCUUCAUCCUUCAGUGUUGAAGAAACUGGCGGUGAAAGUGCCUUUAAAGGAUCGAAAAUGGACAGCUCUGAUCGAGCACAAAUUUUUCAGGUCAGAGAAAACAGGAAGCCCAUCUUUAUCCCACUUGAUCGCAAUAUAUGUCGAGAGGAGUUACUUGUUGUGGAGGCUUCCUGAUAUGCAGAAGCUUUUGUACGACUCGGCGGUUUCAGUUAUGGAGAUGGUGGAAAAGCAAGCGGAAUGUGUCAAGGAUUGGGCUUGCGUGAGGAAAGAGGCUUUUUCGUCCGAAAAAAAUGAGUACUCCCAUUUGUUGGUGUCGGAUUUUUCGGAUUCUGUGCCGACAAUGCCUCCGGAUAACUUGCAGGACUUUAUUGUCCACCCAAGGGGUGGAGUUGAGCAGCGCGAGCAGGUUCAGGAUAACCAUUUGGUUCGUGAUGUGUCUAACAGAAAUGUGCUUGCUGUUCUAUUGGAGUCUGUGUUGCCAUGGGUCAAUUAUGGAUCUGGAGAUGAUGGCCAGCCUGAACAGCCUGAGCAAGGGAAUGAGGAUUAG